GAGAUCGUGUUUGUAUACAAAUCGUUGUAUUUUCUAUUUUUAGAACUGAUAAGACAGCGAUUGGGUGGGCAGAUAUUCGAAGGUCUAUGUUUUUUUGUAAAACAGUGAUGUUUUUCUAACGGCCUAAACUUUCUUAAAACACAAAUUAUAUCAUAUAAUUUUUUGAUCAAUGGAAAGGUUAUAAAACAAGCAGUUUAUUAAUUACUUUUAAUUGUUAUUGAAAUAAAAUGGAUUUUACUCGCUGGCCUUUUCUGAAUGUAUAUUUUGUCUUUUGUGUCUGCAGUUUAGUGUUGUCGACGGUCUGCCAUGCUGAAACUGGUGCUGGGGUAGAUACCCCUGCACACCUGUUCACAACAUAUUUCAGAAGAUUUAAAGUCUCUUAUUUAAAAUUAUGCAUUAUAUUCAACUCAUUUGAAGUUUCUACAUGAAUUCAAUAUUUAUUGCAGCAAAACACUUCUGUGGCUCUGAGAGGUAUGAUCCAGGGACACAACUUUGCUGUGAUUUCAAAAUUCAUCAAAAAAUUCAGAAUUCUAGACAGAUGGCUUGUUGUGCACGCUCAGGAAAGGAAGAAUUAUAUCCAAUGUAUGAGAAAGUCUGCUGUGGGGAGCAACUGGUAUCAGUCCCACAUGGACAUAACCUCGAAUGCUGUAAUGGAGAGCUGAUCAACCGCACAGAGUCCACAAAAUGGGAUUGUUGCGGAGAUAGAGAUUUUGGAAUGAAAUAUUCGUACCCAGAAGUAUGCUGUUUAGAUAUGGGAAAAAAAUUAUUUCGACUGUAUCAAUACAAGGAGCAAGCAGGCUGUUGUGGCAGUUUGGAAUAUAACAUAGAUGAAGAAAAUUGUUUUUAUGGACUGAACGGGACAUAUUAUGUGGAAAAAAUUUCCCCUAUGAAGACAUGUGGUAAAUCUCAGUAUGAUUCGGACACCUCUUUAUGUUGUGAAAAAUCAGGAAAAGUGAUCCAGAAACCAACAGAAGAGCAUGUUGGUGUGUUGCCACCAAUGUGGGUGUGCUGGAAUGACGAAGCUAAAGACAGUAACAAAUACUAUUUUGACCAGAACACAUCUCGGGUGAUCUUAAAAGGAUUAGUGCUCUGUGGCAAUGAGGAAUACAGUCAUGGUGACAAAUACUUGAAGUGUUGCGGCACUAACUUGUUACCUGUAGAACCGGAGAUGAAUGUGACCUGUUGUGGAGAUAAGCUCAUGAACCUGAAUGAUGCCACUGUGUCAUGUUGUGAUGGCAAAUUUAUUUCUUCCUCAACUGAUGGAUGCUGUGACAAUAAACCUUUCAAGAAAGGCUACAACCAGCAGUGCUGUGGUAGAAUUCUGAUCGACAAAAGAACAGAUCUUUGUUGUAGGAUACAGUCAAGUUAUAUGACUGUUGAACAAAAGCAGCAUGCAAGUCAUACCAAUUGUUGUAGAUCUGUAGAGACAGGCAGGAUACAGACUUACAAUAAGUACACUGAGGUGUGUGAGAGAGGAAAAGUCCGUGAAAUGCAUCACUAUGACACUAUCACAAUAAAGUCAAUUAUACCUGAGGAAAGAGCUACUAAGUCGACAACAGCUGACAGAAAACAGUGUCCAUUCUGCUCACCUGUGACGGAUGUAACUAUUUGCAGCAAAACUAAAGUUUACAGAUUCUUCAUCUAUAACAAACGCAAGACAAAGCAUGGCACAAUUCUUAACGGGAUUAUUCUUGCACCUUUAGAGAAGAGUGGUAAGGAAAUAAAUGGAGAAAAAAUCAAAAUCCGGACACGCACUCAGUGCGGAUGCUUCAAACUUAGAAGAAACUUCUACCUUAUAACAAAUCGUAAAAUUAAGACCUUUCAUAAAGAAAGGUAUAAUAUACGCUUUACUGCUGAGGAUGUUUUUAUUCCCGAAGAUGAUUCUGAGUCAUUAGCUAAGUGUUUAACAUAUCAGCUUACAUACAGUAACAAAAACAACCAUCAUUGAUGAUGGUUCUGUUUUAGAAAACACUAUAGUACAUUGUAUUUAACUUUUAUGUGAGAUUAUUUAUUCAGGCGUCUCAAUAAUGCUAGAACAAAGUAUGGGACCAUUCUGAGUUGAGGAAAUGUUGUAAGAUAGAAGAAGCAUUUAGUCUGCUCCUGGUAUAGAGGGAAAACCCGGGUUCUCACAGUGGAGCUAUGUAUACUAAUAUCUUUGCAUGAAAUCUGGACUUGAAAAGAUCUUUUCAAUAUACACUUCGCUUUUAAGGCUAAGCUGGGAAGUGAAAUAAUAGAUAAUGGUACAAACUAAAUAAUAUAGGUUUACAUGUACAUUAAUUGUUGUAAAUGACAUUAAAACCUUUCUUAUUAUUGCAAAAAAAAAUAUGUGAUGGUAUUGGAAUUAACAUGUGCUAAAUACAUUUUUAUAAAUCAUACUAUUAUAUUAACCCAUUAUUACAUAGGACAUUUGUUACAUAGGCAUUAAUACAAUCAUAAAUUUCCAGAUUUUACUGCUGUUGCUAAGUUAUCUACAGUCUUUUACAGUGUAAUUCCUGCAAUGGGGCAUUUUUAUAGGCAAGUGAGAUUAAUUUAUUGACAUUUGUUUUAAAACAUUUUAAUAACAUUAAUUUUCACAAUAUCCAUGUAAUAAAUCCUCAGCUGUUCAAUCAAGGAUCAGUUACAUUACCAACAUGAGAACAAAUUUAUUAACAUUAUAAUCAUAAAAAACUGUGCCAGUAAUUACAAGUGAUAUCAAUUUUUUGUAGAUAUGUCAGUGCCUUUUUUUAAUUAAUAUUCUAUAUUCUUAUUUUUAGGAGACCUAAGACUAUUUAAAUCAAAAUCUCAAAUUCAGACAGCAUCCUCUAAAAGUCUUAUGUUUCACUCUUAGCUGAUUUUUUGUGCUGUAUUAGUUUUGUAGGGAUAUAAUGUUUUUUACAUUGCAUACUUUUAUUACCACUUUUUAAGGGAAUUCUUGUUUUAAUGCGUUCUUUGAUAGAGGGCAGCUAGGUGUAAUAUUUGUCCAGAAAUCAGGGUAGGUAUUAUGAAGAAACCUACCAUAUGUAGUCAGAAUUCAUUGGUGUUUAUUUAAGAUGAUAAAACAUAGUACAUGUAUACCGGUAAUUAUUUAAGAACUACAACCAUGUGUUACGUUCAACUGUAACUAGGGCACUUUUUAUUUAAUACUAUAAUUUUUUAAAUUAUUUUACUGUACAUAGGGCAAUAAGUUAAUGCAUUGUUUAUUGUAAAUUUUAAUUGUCUUGUUCUUGACAGAUUUGCUAUGUUUUUAAACCAACUCAUUUGCAUUUGGAAGGAGAGAGAUGAAAUUCUUCUUUUUACACAAAUUUGUAAAUAAGAAAAUGAUUCAUUAAAAUUACAUAUAUUAACAAUUUUUAACAUUUAGCCUGCUGGCGGCAAGUGAUUCUGCCUUUGUGACUAGUGCAGACCAAGAUCAGUCUGCACAUCCAUGCAGGCUGAUCAUGAUCUGCACUAUUCGCUAUCCAGUCAAUAAGUGUUUAGUGAACACUCCUUUGAAUAGAAAGUGGUACUGCCCAUAUUGUAUAAUGGACAAGUCCAUUUGAGAAAUUUAGCAGGGUAACGGUUAAAGACACAAUCGUGUAGAAAGUUGAUUUUGUUUAACAAUAAAUAUAUUAUUCAAAAAGCAUCUUAAAGAUGUUUAACUCCUUUUUGAUCAUUGUCAUGGCAUGGGUACUUUGCAAACAUUUCUAUCAUUUGUUCAUAGUUUAAGUAUACUGUAUAACCUCUCUUAAUGACACCCCCAAGGAGCAAAUACCUCUCUAGAAAGAUUGAUAUCACAGUUUCCUUCCCUUUAGAUAGAUUUCCAUUAAAAAUUAACCUUUCUAGAGCAACAACCUCUUUACAACAACACUAUUUUCGUCUUCCCAGUGGGGUUCAUUUAGAAAGGUUGCACUGUAGCAAAUAUCUAGACAUUUUAAGGCAAUGGCCAGUACAAAAUAUUUGCAAUGCAGACAAAAAUAUGCAUAGAACAUUCUGUAAAAUGUAAUGUUCCUACUAUGUCAUGCAGGUUAAUGAUAAACUGAGAGUAAGACUUAAUGAGUUUUAAAAAGUUUUUUCUGAAAGAAAAAUCAUUGUUCAAAAUGAAAUUAAGUAUGAUAAUAUAUAACACAGAACUGAAGCAGUUUAUGAAAAAGAGCAAUUUUGAAUAUUUGCUCAGAGUUAAAGGGAUUGCUCAAUAAAUAUUUUCCUUAGUCUCCAUCUCCUCUGAUGACUACUUAUGAUUGAAAUGAGCUGCUUCAUGAGAAAAUCAACAUAUCUGGUCAGGAUCCAUACUGUUCACCUUCAAAGCCUAUUGCAGUUAGAGAAACCGUUAGCAAACAACAUGGAUCCUGACCAGAAUGUGCGGAUGCGCAGGCUGGUCUGGAUCCAUGCUGGUCGCCAAUGCACUAUGUUGGUUUUCUCAUGGCGUGGCUCAAAUAUUGUUCAUUUAAGUGUAAUUUUAUAAUUAUAAAAAGUCAGAUGUUGUGCCAUAAUUUUUAACCUAUAAGGUUGUCAAAAUAGAACAUGGUCAUGUUUCCAGAUGACCAUCAAAUUUUUUAAAUUUGAUUAAAGACAAAUUGUCAAAAAUCAUAAACCAGUAUUAUUAAAGUUAUGAAUUCGUUAUUUUAUGAAUUUUUAAGUUUUAUGAAUUAGAAAUUUUAAAAAUUUGAAAUUUUAAUCUGAUAGUUGUUGAAUAAAAAAGAAAUGUAUGUUAUUAAACUGUUUUUAGCUCACCUGUCACAAAGUGACAAGGUGAGCUUUUGUGAUCGCCCGGUGUCCGUCAUCCGUCGUCCGUCUGUGCGUGCGUCCGUGCGUGCGUCCGUCCGUAAACUUUUGCUUGUGACCACUCUAGAGGUCACAUUUUUCAUGGGAUCUUUAUGAAAGUUGGUCAGAAUGUUUAUCUUGAUGAUAUCUAGGUCAAGUUCGAAACUGGGUCACGUGCCUUCAAAAACUAGGUCAGUAGGUCUAAAAAUAGAAAAACCUUGUGACCUCUCUAGAGGCCAUAUAUUUCACAAGAUCUUCAUGAAAAUUGGUCAGAAUGUUCACCUUGAUGAUAUCUAGGUCAAGUUCGAAACUGGGUCACAUGCCAUCAAAAACUAGGUCAAUAGGUCUAAAAAUAGAAAAACCUUGUGACCUCUCUAGAGGCCAUAUAUUUCACAAGAUCUUCAUGAAAAUUGGUCAGAACGUUCAUCUUGAUGAUAUCUAGGUCAAGUUCGAAACUGGGUCAUGUGCCUUCAAAAACUAGGUCAGUAGGUCAAAUAAUAGAAAAACAUUGUGACCUCUCUAAAGGCCACAUUUUUCGUGGGAUCUGUAUGAAAGUUGGUCUGAAUGUUCAUCUUGAUGAUAUCUAGGUCAAGUUUGAAACUGGGUCACGUGCCAUCAAAAACUAGGUCAGUAGGUCUAAAAAUAGAAAAACCUUGUGACCUCUCUAGAGGCCAUACAUUUCAAGAGAUCUUCAUGAAAAUUGGUCAGAAUGUUCACCUUGAUGAUAUCUAGGUCAAGUUCGAAAAUGGAUCACGUGCCGUCAAAAACUAGGUCAGUAGGUCAAAUGAUAGAAAAACCUUGUGACCUCUCUAGAGGCCAUAUUUUUCAUGGGAUCUGUAUGAAAGUUGGUCUGAAUGUUCAUCUUGAUGAUAUCUAGGUCAGUUUCGAAAGUGGGUCACAUGCCAUCAAAAACUAGGUCAGUAGGUCAAAUAAUAGAAAAACCUUGUGACCUCUCUAAAGGCCAUAUUUUUCAUGGGAUCUGUAUGAAAGUUGGUCUGAAUGUUCAUCUUGAUGAUAUCUAGGUCAAGUUCGAAACAGGGUCAUGUGCGAUCAAAAACUAGGUCAGUAGGUCUAAAAAUAGAAAAACCUUGUGACCUUUCUAGAGGCCAUACUUAUGAAUGGAUCUCCAUAAAAAUUGGUCAGAAUGUUCACCUUGAUGAUAUGUAAGUCAAAUUUGAAACUGGGUCACGUGUCUUCAAAAACUAGGUCAGUAGGUCAAAUAAUAAAAAAACCUUGUGACCUCUCUAGAGGCCAUACUUUUCAUGGGAUCUGUAUGAAAGUUGGUCUGAAUGUUCAUCUUGAUGAUAUCUAGGUCAAGUUUGAAACUGGGUCAACUGCGGUCAAAAACUAGGCCAGUAGGUAUAAAAAUAGAAAAACCUUGUGACCUCUCUAGAGGCCAUAUUUUUCAUGAGAUCUUCAUGAAAAUUAGUGAGAAUGUUCACCUUGAUGAUAUCUAGGUAAAAUUCAAAACAGGGUCACGUAUCUUCGAAAAACUAGGUCAAUAGGUCAAAUAAUAGAAAAACCUUGUGACCUCUCUAGAGACCAUAUUUUUCAAUGGAUCUUCUUGAACAUUGGUCAGAAUUUUUAUCUUGAUAAUAUCUAGGUCAAGUUCAAAUUUGGGUCACAUGAGCUCAAAAACUAGGUCACUAUGUCAAAUAAUAGAAAAAACGACGUCAUACUCAAAACUGGGUCAGGCGGGAAGAGGUGAGCGAUUCAGGACCAUCAUGGUCCUCUUGUUUAAAAAAAGGAAAGUCAUCCUUUUAUCUAUUUCAAAACUUCACUUUUCUGAUUCAUGAGUAAUGCUUUAAAGUGUUUUUAAACGAUUUGACAUAAAGCUAGAAACAUUGCCCAUGCAUGUUAAAAUUGCUAGUCUUUGACUGUAAAUUGCAUUUUUAUAUGUAUAAAAUGUUUUAAUAGCUUAUAAAAUUACCUUAAUUUAUUAAAAUGCCUUUUAUAAUUGUU